UCUGCUAAACGGUAAUCCACUAAAGCUGUUCGUUCCUUUGCUGAUUCCUUCUCCUUUGGUAGUUUCUCCCUUUUUUAUUGGCUGAUCACACUCUGAAACUCAGCCCGUUUCGUUUUCAUUCAAACCCACCACACCUCUCUCGUCCUCUCUGGCUGCCCGGUGGCCGGUUUGUUACAAAGACCUUCAAAUGUCCUCCUCAUCUACACCUGCGAAUCAUAAUCAGAAAGAAAUUGAUGGGCAUAUUAUACCUACGGAUCAGGACGUCCUGCAGAAACAUGUUGCAUUCUUUGAUAGGAAUCAUGACGGCGUGAUUUAUCCUUGGGAAACUUUUCAAGGUUUUCGUGCGAUUGGGAGUGGGCUCUUUCUGUCAACCGUCUCUGCCUUAUUCAUAAACUUUGGUCUCAGCCGGAAAACUCGUCCUGGGAAAUUUCCUUCUCUCCUCUUUCCAAUUGAGGUUAAAAACAUUCAAAAAGCCAAACACGGGAGUGACUCUGGUGUAUAUGACUCUGAAGGAAGGUUUGUUCCUUCGAAGUUUGAAGAAAUUUUCAGCAAGCAUGCUCUUACCUACCCAAGUUCUUUAACAUCAGAUGAACUGAUGCGGAUGCUGAAGGCUAACAGGGCUCCCAAGGACUAUGGUGGAUGGCUUGCUAGCUAUACAGAGUGGAAGGUCCUAUAUAUCCUCUGCAAGGACAAGAAUGGCUUACUGCCGAAGGAAACAAUUAAAGCUGUUUAUGAUGGAAGCUUGUUUGAACGGAUGGAGAAGGAAAGAUUGUCGGCGAAAAAGAAAGCUGUUGUGUAACUAAAUGCAUGCCCAGUCUGCUAAUCUGGUCUUCCGGGGCUUGCUUAUCGAUUCGACAGUCUAGUUUAAAAGUUUGUCAUUGGUUCAACUUGUGGGUUUGUUUGAUGAGGCUUUGAAUGUAAAGUGAGUUCAAGUUGGUUA